AUGUCCGGAUUCGUCGGGGUCGUCGUGUCCGACCCCUCGCUGCAGGGGCAGUUCACGCAGGUCGAGCUCCGGUCGCUCAAGGCCAAGUUCGUGUCUCUGAAGAGAGAUUCCGGCCAUGUCACCACUAAGAAUCUUCCGGGGCUGAUGAAGAAGCUGAGGGGGCUCAAUGAGGUGGUCUCUGAGGAGGAGAUCGCGGCCUUCCUGUCGGAGUCGUACCCCGACAGCGAUCAGGAGAUUGAAUUUGAGUCCUUCCUCCGGGAGUAUCUGAAUCUGCAGGCGCGGGUGAGUGCCAAGGGAGGUGGUGCCGGCGGUGGCGGGGGUGGCAAGUCGUCGUUCCUCAAGUCCAGCACCACUACGCUGCUGCACAAUCUCAAUCAGGCAGAGAAAUCGUCGUAUGUGGCGCACAUCAAUACUUACCUCCGUGAAGACCCAUUCCUGAAGAAGUACUUGCCCAUCGACCCGUCUGGAAACCAGCUGUUCGAUCUCAUCCGGGACGGUGUUCUGCUCUGCAAAUUGAUCAAUGUAGCUGUACCAGGGACCAUUGAUGAGAGGGCAAUAAAUAAGAAAAGAGUUCUUAACCCAUGGGAGAGAAAUGAAAAUCACACACUCUGCCUCAAUUCUGCCAAGGCCAUUGGAUGCACUGUUGUCAACAUUGGCACACAGGAUUUGGUGGAGGGAAGGCCUCAUUUAGUUCUUGGAUUGAUAUCACAAAUCAUAAAGAUUCAACUUUUGGCUGAUCUGAACCUCAAGAAGACACCGCAGCUGGUGGAGCUAUUUGAUGACAGCAAGGAUAUAGACGAGGUUUUGAGCUUGUCACCAGAAAAGAUGCUACUUCGGUGGAUGAACCAUCAUCUGAAAAAAGCUGGCUACAAGAAAACUGUUAACAAUUUCUCUUCAGAUGUGAAGGAUGGUGAAGCCUAUGCUUACCUUCUGAAAGCUCUUGCUCCAGAGCAUUCCCCUGAAACUACAUUGGACACCAAAGAUCCGGAUGAGAGGGCAAAACUGGUACUUGAACAAGCGGAGAAGUUGGACUGUAAGAGAUACUUGACCCCAAAGGAUAUUACUGAGGGAUCUGCAAAUUUAAAUCUUGCAUUUGUUGCACAAAUAUUCCAGCAUAGGAAUGGUCUAACCAGUGACACCAAACAAGAUACUCUGACACAGACAGCAACACGUGAUGAUGUUCUAUUAUCUAGAGAAGAAAGAGCCUUUCGGAUGUGGAUCAACAGCCUUGGGGUUGAAUCAUAUGUGAACAAUGUCUUUGAAGAUGUUCGCAAUGGAUGGGUACUUCUUGAAGUACUUGACAAGGUGUCUCCUGGAUCUGUCAAUUGGAAGCUGGCAACAAAACCUCCAAUUAAAUUUCCAUUUAGAAAACUGGAGAAUUGCAAUCAGGUUGUAAAAAUUGGGAAGCAAUUAAAGUUUUCUUUAGUAAAUCUAGCUGGGAAUGAUAUUGUUCAGGGAAACAAGAAAUUGAUUGUUGCACUUCUGUGGCAAUUGAUGAGAUUCAAUAUCCUCCAGCUGUUAAACAAACUGAGAUCCCACUCCCAAGGGUCCCAAGGAAAAGAAAUUUCUGAUGCCGAUAUUCUAAACUGGGCCAACAGCAAAGUGAAAGCGUCCGGAAGAACAUCUCGAAUGGAAAGUUUCAAGGACAAGAGCUUAUCAAAUGGAUUGUUCUUCCUUGAGCUUCUUAGCACAGUACAGCCACGGGUUGUGAACUGGAAAGUUGUUACUAAAGGGGAAGCUGAUGAGGACAAGAAGCUGAAUGCUACCUACAUCAUUAGUAUUGCAAGGAAGAUUGGAUGCUCUGUGUUUCUGUUGCCAGAGGACAUCGUCGAGGUGAAUCAGAAGAUGAUCCUAACACUUACUGCUAGCAUUAUGUAUUGGAGCCUACAGAAACAGCCUCAGUCACAAUCUGAAAUGCCAGAACAAUCAGAACCAUCUAGCAUGACUUCAGAUGCAGCCUCUGACAUUGCCUCGGAGGAUGGUGCUUCAACAACAGCACCAUCUGAGUCGGAAGAGGUGAACUCGCUGUCUGACAACAUAUCGAAUUUGACAAUGGAUGAUGCUACUUCAAACGCCCCAUCUGCUGAAAACGGAAAUGGUGUGGCAGGGUCCUGA